CUCAGAAUGUAUAAUAAUGUCCUCCGGAGAACGACAACUGAGCGACUCAACACAUAGCAAACCAACCAACGGUAAAACAAAACCAGGAGUUUCAAAACUCCGCCAACCCUCAAAACUCCAGCCACCAUCUUCAAAAACUAAAACUAUUCCUAAACAAACCAAACCAUCAGCGCUUCAAAAUGUCGCUAAUGGAAUUUCCGUCAACAGCAGUCCCAGUCCCAGACCCAGCCGCCGGAGUAGUGGCCUGAAAACUCCAGCCUCGGCCAAACCUGCCUCGGCCAAACCUGCCUCGGCCAAACCCACUUCGACCAAACCCACUUCGUCAAAACCCACUUCAACAAAAGCACCGUCUUCUUCCCGAGCAUCUUCAGAGGCUAAAGCUGCUCCAACUCCCAAACCACCCCGGAGGGUAGCUCCAGCCUCAGAGAGGAGUAAAAAUAAAACCAAACGACUGUCUACAAGAAGUACAUCUGGUUCUCCAGGGCAAAGUGAUGGACCCGUUGCGCCGCCCCGUUCUGGAGCCGGGAUAAAAAGAUCAGUUACAGCUAGACAGUCUACUUCAAAGUCUCUUGCUGUGGCUCCUCCUCCUCCAAGUAAGACUAAAGUUUGCAAACAUCCCUCCCUAGAAAUGGAACGCAGUAUCUCCAGCGAGUCCAAUAUCUCCAACGAGAGUGUUAAAUCUAGAAAGACUUCAACAAACAGGAAUCUGUCGAAAAUGAGACAGCCAAGUAAAGCACCUGAAAGAAAUAACACUCAGACUAAACGUACGAUGAAACGACCUACUUCAACCCGGAGUCGACCUAACGAUCUGGACCUUUCCAAGGAGAAUCACGCUGUCAAAUACUCAGAGAAAAGGAAGAAAAGCAUGAGUAAAUCUCAGUCUAACUCUAAAGAGUGCCUUAAAGUUAAGAAAACUGCGCUGGAUCUCUCACCUAGAAGAAGCUCCAUGCCCACUGUUGUGAUUAGCCCAACCGAGCUGCUUCUUAACCAGAGUCUUCAGAAUAAAUUGGCACAGAACGAGUGUAACAGACAGGGCUUCUACCUGACUGACACUGACGCGUCUGUAAUGUCUGGAGGUAGCUCUGAGUUCUUAGCCAUGUCCUGUGAUGAGAGAUCGGAUAGUGAGAUCAUGUUGUUAACUUCCGAUGAUUUGAAGCUGAAUAGAGAGAAUUGUUCAUCAACCAUCUCCUCAAGCGACCUCUUUUCUACUGACAUUGAUGAUGAUGAUGACACAGAUGUUGAUGAUGAUUACGACGAAGUAGCAGAUUGUGGUGGACGCAGAGAAAUGACUCCAGUCAGGCAGGAUAUAGAGGAUGUUAUCCGCAUGGACCUAGCUAACCAGAUUUCCACUGCUGGUGCCCUGAACGACCUCUCUGAUCCCAACAGGUCUCCUGCUCUCAACAUCACCAUGGACGAAUAUGGUUGUCCUGAUCCGGAGGUGACUACCCCUCAGAACAGUGUCCCUCUGAUGCCCAUGGGUAUACCAAUCCAGCAACUAUCCUCUCAUCAUGACUGGGAUAAGAAAACUAACUCUGAUAAGAUCUACAACUCUCCUGAUGACAAUUUCCAGGAGCCGAAGACCCCGGAGAAGGAGUUGUACUAUGACAGCUCUGAUCUGAAUCUGGAGGCUUCAUCUUCAAGUGAAGACAUAGAAAAGGAGCUGAAUACAGUAGAGCAAGACGAUGUAAUAGUAACUGUCGAGCAGAAAAACAACACUGUUGAUCAGAACAUGUCCACCUCUUUCCAAGAAAAGGCCCUUUCUACUGAGCAAAAAGACGUUGAGAUUAAACUUUCUGAUACUCCUGACCCUGCUCCCAGAAACAUUGACGAAAACUUUCUCGAUCCAGGGAUAUCCAGAUCAGAGGACGUUUUGUCGCCCCUGAUGAGCGAAACGGCUGAUCCUCUCGGUAUGCUGUCAUACCCUCAGUUACCAUUAGGUCUGUUCCCUGACGAUGCUUAUCUUGAAGAGAAUUGUGAUCCCGGCUCGGUUACCUUACCAAGCAACUUCCCUGAUGAUCCGAUAUACUUCACUCGUAACCAACGUUCAAUAAGGCCUAGUAAGAGAAAAAGUCUUCUCAUCAGAUCUUCAUCUCUUGAUAAGAAGUACUUGACCCAGAAGUCUUCAGAACUUCACUCUGACUCCCUUGAUUCGUUUGAUGGUGAUGAUAUGUAUAUUGUAGAGGCGAUCACUCCGUGUUCUCCUGGCUCUAUAAGUGAUCGGGAGUUCCUAAAUCCUACAACUCCAGAGAUCAUGAUAACAAACGACAACAUGCUGGAGUGUCUGGAUGUUAGUCACCAGUUAGCUGGAGUCUACAACACCCCCAAACGGAGGUUCAUUCUGAGGAACAAGACCCGGAAUGACGUUACCAGGAGAUUCAGCGAGACACAGGUGUUUAAACACCACAAGGAGAAGUAUCUGAAGCGCCGUGAAAUGGAAGAGAAAUACAACUCGUGUCCAGUACAGACCAGUCCUGAUUUGGAAAAGAUAGGCUCCCCUAAAUACAUCAGAACCUUUGUUAAGAGGGUCAGUUCCAUGUUGACCCCGAGCAGUCGGCCGAGGGUUCUGAUGAGGAAGGGGAGGGACUAUUUCGGGUCUACUUCCUCAGUCUACAUCAACUUCGACAGUCCUGAGGCACGGUCGUUACAUGAUGAUACAGCAGAUAUUCCAGACAGACUCAACAGAUCUAAUUCACUCGAGUUUGACGAACAUAUCUCAUCUAUCAGAAGGACCCACUCCGAAAAAGAGAAACCCGAAACAGAAUCUUCAGAGUACUCUGGCAUCUCCGGAAAGGCAAAGUCUAUAUCAGAGCAGAUGGAUAGGAUAAAGAGUAAUCUGAAUAAGGCUGCCGGUAUACCACCGCUAGAUUUUACUGACUGGAAAGAACUGGUCCCUCAAUCUGUUGUACAGGGACUAGGAAAGAAGGACAUGGAACAACAGCACCACAUAUGGGAGCUUGUAACUACAGAACAUAACCACAUAACCAUUAUAUCAACUGUUAUUAACUCCCUGCUUACCUGCCUCAAGGAACUCCAUAACGAGAACUUCUUGACGAAGAUAAACGAGCACGACGUCUUCCUGAAUAUAGAAAGGAUCAGAGAAGUUCAUCUUGCGUUCUGGAAUGAGUGUAUCGUGCCUCUUAUAGAUAAGGCUAAAGACACAGGUGAACUCCUGGACCCCGAGAUACUAACCGGAAGUAGCCACUUAUUUGAGGAGAACCUAAACCCGCUGUUUGAGUACUGUAUCAAGUACAUUGAGAGUAGAAGCUACAUCAAGUCUCAACAACACAAGAACAAUGACUUCAAAGAGUACAUUAACUGGUGUAGUAACGAAAUCCGAGUACAGCACAACAAACUUGGGGUGGAUGACAUGUUAAUAAAACCCAUACAAAGGAUACAGAAAUACCCUAUUCUUAUCAAAGAUAUCCUCCGCAAGACAACAGAUGACGACACCAGAUCCGUCUUAUCUUCAUUUUUGGAAAAAGUGAAAGGGUUCGUGGAAUCAUUAAACAGACAGAAGGAGGAAAAAGAGGAGCAAGCGAAAAUUGAGGGAAUCAAAGAAAGGAUAGGGAUUGAAAGCUAUAGUGUUCUGCCUUCUGUUGGUCACAACACCAACGAGCAGAUUAAUCAGAUGCUAAACAAAUACAACAAGUUUGACCUGGCUGAUAAAGUCCCUCUGCUCAAUACCCAGAGAAAGUUCCUUCACGAAACAUCCUGUAAACUCGACAGUAAACUAGAUAGUAAAACACAAGAUGUCACUCUCUUCCUCUUUUCGGAUCAUAUUUUAGUUACCAGACCAAAUAAGGGGUCUAAAAAGAAAAACAGGAUUAUAAAACAGCCGAUGACUUUAGACAGAGUGGAAAUAGAAGAAUUAAGUAACGCGAGUCACACUAAUGUAGUAGUUUAUCUGAACGAGUAUGGCAGUUUGGUGGAUAUGUUUUUGUUACAGUCUACUUCACAGGAGUCGCAUCAGACUCUCUUCAAUGCCGUCAUCCAGGCAAAGGACAACUACAAGCGGGAGAAGAACAAGUUGUACACGGAUAUGGAUGCCAGCAAGUCAGUGAGCACGUGCUCUGUGAACAGCGCUGGUAACCACCAGGCAGAGUCCCCAGCAGUCGCGCGCCACGCCGCAUGCUCCGUCACUCGGUCCCACAGUGAGCUGGGCCCCACACGCCGCACCCUUGUCGAUCCUUCUUCUUCAGUCUCUCGUGCUCAGAGUAUGCCUGCUAGUAACGAGAAACGGAACCAUCUACCCCAGCCUCAGCCAAUGAGCUCGGCCUCUUCAUCGUCGUCAUCUUCCAGUUGUUCAGUUAGUGAGGGUGGGGGAAGUGAGGGAAGCAGUCGACUAGUGACUCUCUCGCAUAUCAAGGAGUCGGACAAAUCUAUAGACUCUGGGGAAGAACUUACUGUCAUCCCUAAUAACGACACUUUGACCGGGGGAAAUGACCCGGACACUUUGAAAAACUACGGGCCAGAUGUUUAUAUUUCGGAUAAUUUGAGUACGGAGUUCAAGGGAAAACUCGAUCUCAACAAGAAGAUCUGCGAUUCAGUGAAUUUACAAGCACCAGAUGAAAAGAUGCUCUUUACAAAAUCAGAUGCGAUCUUCAUCGACCACGCGAACACUCAAUCAGAAUCAUAGCGAAACGUUACCGUUGCUGUGGUAACUUAAUUGAUUGUUAUUAUUAUUGUUUUGCUGCGGGCACAUUGUUACCAUGGUGAUACGGUUCCAGCAACACGACUUCAAGUGUUCCGGUUUUUGUGCACAUCUUUUCAGAAUAUAAUGUCUCGUAUCGGGAAACCGUGAAAGAAACGCGGUCUUCGAUUGUAAAAAUUUUUAUACUCGUUUUUUAAUGUUUGGGCAAAAUGUAUCACGAUACGCACGCACGUGGAGAGGUGUGUAGAGCAACCACCAUUAAUUGAGUGUACAUAUGUGUAUUUUAUUUAUAAUUCUUUGUUUUGUAAUUUAAAUAAUAAUAAUUUGAUCCUUCAUUUGAAAA